UUGCUACAGGUGAUAUCAAAAUCAACAAAAUUAAUUGAUGUAGAUCGAGAGGAAAAUGUUGCUUUUAGCUUAGAUGCAGAUGAUAAUAAAGCGAGCACGAGCUACAGUGGAACAGCUGUUGAUGGCAGACAGAUAAUGUCUUCCCUUUUUCUGUUGCCACCUGAAAUUCAAUUACGAAUUCUUGAGCAUCUACCUCGAGAAGAGAUUGAUAAAUGUACUCUUGUAUGUCGACAAUUAAAAAUUCUGAUUAGUAAUAAUAAGCGAAGUCUACCAAAACAUUCAAUUAAUCAGCUAAUAAUGGAGGAGAGCAAAGGAUGUUUUAAAAUUAAAAUAAGAUCUGAUACAUUUUCGAAGAAAUGGCGUUUUUCCGAAUUGCUUUCUCCUCGCAAACGAAAUUUGGCGAAAGACGAUGAUGGACCGCGUCGAAAAGUUGCGCCGAUGUUGGUGUUUUGCAAUAUAAUUGAACAAAUUAGCAUACCAAUAUCAGCAGCUGAGCUUCAUGGAUGGGAGGCAAAUGAAAGAACGGGGACUCAUUGGGAGCGUAAAACAAAAUUGCAUACUCCUCCAAAGAGUUUUUUUGAUAGAAUAGCCCGAUGUGCCAAAUUCGCAAAUAUUCACCAUCUCAGUUUUGUCGAUAUGCGAUUAACCGAUUUAUUCGUCGACUUACUCGAAGAAAGCUUAGGUGAACAAGGAAUCAAGUGCAAUACUUUAAAAUUGGAACGUAUCAAGCUACGUUAUAUAUCUGUCGUAAGGUUUGUAAAAUUGAUGAACUUAAUUGCCGUGGAAAAUGUUGAAAUUGAUUGGAUUCGAGGCCAUAAUGGGCAUUUGACGGCUGAAAGCUUCGUGUCUAAAAUUCUUAACUGUAGGCUUAUAGAUAUAGGCUUUGUUAAUCCAAGUCAACCAAUUUAUGAUGAUAGUUUCUUAUAUCGCUUUUUUGAUAGUAUGAACAAGCAUAAGAUUUUACUGCUCGAAGAAUGCCAAAUAACAAAUGCGGGUCUUGGAGAAUUAAUAAAAAAAUGGUAUUCAUCUUCAAGAAAGCUUUCUUUCUAUAUAUUUUUAAAAUGCCAAAAUUUCGACAAAAAUGAAUUUGUUAACGAUCACAUGCAACAAGCGAUCAUAUUGGAUGGAGCAUACACAAUCAAACAUGCAAUUCUUGAAACAAAACUAUGCAUUCGCUUGUAUCGAAACAUUAUUCAAGUGUACACAAACUGA